GCGGGCACGGCCCGCAGCUCCGCACCGCCAUGAUCAGCAAACCCCGCCGCGGGGAGAUGCCGUUCCAGGCGGUGGCGCUCAGCUCCAUCCCCGCGGGCACGCUCACCCCGCUGAAGGACCUGCUCCGCUUCGGCCCCGCUCCGCGCCCCGUGCUGCAAUCCACGAUGCUGGAGGGCGGCCGGGAGCCGAUGGGCAUCGGCGACAUCAGCGACAUCCGCCCCGGGCCGCCGCCACCGAAACGCUGCGCGCGGGAGCAGCCCGAGCAACAGCUCGUCCAGCAGCUCGCCCAGCACAGCCCGGCUGCGGCAUUCCUCAGGAUGAAGAUGAAGAUCGAGGCGGACGGCACUGACCGAAUCCUGACACCCGGCGGGGCCGGGCCGCGCCUUGCGGACGGGGGGAGGCGCAGGGACCAGCAGCACGAGAGAGAAUUACCCCACGUUCAGAUCCCCCAGAACCAGGCUGUGAAAAUGCUGAGCAUCGACCCGAUCGUACUGGAAUCUCCUCAGAAGUUCUUCUUGCGUAUGAAGCAGAAAUUGCAGCAGAGGCAGCAGCAGCAGCAGACAGAUCCAACGUUUUCAAACUUAAACAAGCAGAACGUUCCUCCUCGCCCAGCUGCAGAAAAGCCAGUGGUCAAAUCUGCUUUUGGUGAGCUGCUCCCAAAUGCUCAGACAGAGCAUGUGGCUGCUGAUAAGGACAAUGAGGAUAAUUUCCUUGUGGAAUCAAUGGAUGCUGAUGAUGAAAUGUCUCUAAAUACAGUAGCCAGUACUGUGGGUAUCUGUUCUACCACUUCUGACCCUGGGGAUCAGUUAGAAGGAAGAUAUGGAAAUAGAGAAGCAAAACGUCCUGAAAUUCAACAGGAGAAAGGACGGUUGCAGUCAAACAAUCAGCGAGCUGAGCACAGAGCAGAAAAGAUACUGAAGACUGCAACUCAAAAACCCUCACGGCACUUCUCUAAUGUUGCGCUCUCUAAUCCUGAAGCCUGCGUGCCAAGGAAGCAGAAGCAGAAAGAAAACUGUAAUAUAGUGGGUAAACCUCGGGCAGAUCAGAUCGCUGUCACUGCUGACGAAGAGAAAGAAAUCUGCCUUUCCAGCUGGUGCAUUAAAGUGAUAAAUGGUUAUACUGCAGUCUGUGUUGAAGGAAAACGAAAAGAUAUGAAGGAUAUGUUGUGGCAUAGUAACGCAGUUGUAGAACGUGUAGCAUACAACAAAGUUAAAACAUCAUCUGGCAGUAUCUACUUGCUACAGGGACGUAUAGAUUCUGCUUCGAUGAGAGAAGAAGGGUUUUCCUAUCUGUUCAUAAAAAGAUUUACAUUUGGGUUUCCUGAAAGGUGGAAGGAAUACGUUGAUGAGCUACUCAAGGAAUUAAGAAGGAAAGAUCACAAAAAAAGGAUUACAGAGGAUGAAAAUGAAGAGAGUGACUCAGUGGUGGACACAGAUGAGGUGCAAAGUGCAGAAGACUCAGCAAGAAAUGCAAAGAAACAUGAAACAAGGAACACUACAUAUGAAGUGUUACCAAGGAAAGAUGAACACACUUAUCGAACACCAAAACACAACCCUGUACCAAAUGGCUCCCAGGGGAUCUACACCCGUAGUGGCCGUUUGGUCAAACCACCACUCAGAUUCUGGUGUGGGGAGCGUGAGUUUGUGGAUCAGGGGCUAAAUGUUACUAUACACAAAGGUGGGACGGAUUAUCUGAGCUUGAUGUGUAGUACUGAAAAGCCCAAAAGAAAGACCAUUUCGCUCUCAAAGACGAAGGAAAGAAAGGAUUCAACAAAGACAGUGGAAGAAAAAACAAAAAGCCAAGAUAAAGGGAAAAAUGAACUAAAACGAAUAAGUACUAAAAACAAAGCCACGUCCACUGGAAGCAGAGAGGCCAGGCGCUUUAUUUCAGAUUCUGAAAGCGAUCAUGCAAGUGAUAAUAAAAUAAAAACGAGGCUUUCCAAUAUGGAGACUCGCUUAAAUACUGAGCGUAUAAACAACUAUAAUAGAAGAAACAUGGGAACAAGAAGAGAAAAGACAGGAAAAGAAUAUGGAGAAGUGCCUAGAGGUCAGAGCAUAUACUCCUUAAGGUCAGCCGGAAGAGCUUUUCCAGAUGAGCCUUUAACAGAGGAAUCUUCAAGCAAAGAUGGGGAAGAGGAACCUGGUGAUUAUAUCCAACUGGCUGUCAAAAGGAAAAAUAGACCUUUUUUGCCAAAAGAGGUUCAAGACUCUGCAUCUUCGUCUACCUGUGAAAGGCUGCAGGGCAGCACAAGUGAGGAGUCGAGCAAACUCCAGGCAGACACACACUGUGCUGCCGCCUCCCGUACUGCACGGCUGAGGCAAAGGAUCCCUGCCUUCAUCGAGAGUUCUGAGUCCUCUGCAGGAGAAACCUCUUCUGGUGAGGAAUAUCAUGUAAAAGAAAAGAGACCAGAAGUAUCCAGUAAAAAAGCAAACGGUGAUGCUUAUAAUACUGCCAAGCCUUCAGCAGCAAAACCAAGUGAACGCAGGGGGGACAAGGAGAACAAAAAACUCGCUUUUUUUUCAAAGGCAGCUGAUGACUGGUCUCAGAAGGAACUGCAGAAACUGUACAGGGCAGUUGCUUCGUUUCCAAAGCACAAGGAUGGUUUCUGGGUGGAGGUGGCCAUGGCUGUCGGGUCUCGUUCUGCUGAGGACUGCCAUCAGAAGUACACAGAAGAACAGACAAAGGCCUCCAAAAGACCUGCUGUAAAGAAAGCCACAUCAGAAAAGCCAAAACAGAAAGGUAAGGCAGAGCCAGUCGCAAUCACUGCCAAAGUGGGAACCUUCAAAAGGAAGCAGCAGAUGAGGGAUUUCCUGGACAAUUUGCCCAAGGAUGACCAGGAUGAUGUUUUCACUGCUACGCCCUUUCAGAAUAGAAGAGUGAGGUUGCCCACAUUCCUGGGAAACCAUGAUGACGAUGAGGACGACUUUGCACUUGCAAACAACCCAAUCACACCUUCCUCAGCUGUCUUCCCUCUGGAGAAAACCCCUCAGUGUGAGCACAUCAGCCCUGAGAUGCUGGGACCCAUCAAGAGGAAGGACUGCGACAGACACGUGUUCAGGAUGCAGAAGACUCAGGGCUACAGGAGCAGCUGGGACAAAGUGAAGAAGCAGCAGGCUGCUGCUCCGCACAGCACACCAACUUCGAGCAGAACCAGGUUCACCCUUGAUAAAAGUAAGUGUGUUUUGUUUCUCCUUCCACUCAGCUUCAUUCACCUUCAUGCUGCUGCUGCUCUGUGGGUGCUCACAUCUGCACUGAGUAACUUCUCAGCAUCCUCCAUCUCUCACAGCACCUCCUGACCUGCUCCCAGCUCAGUUACACACACACUGAUGCUCUCCUCCCUGUCUUUCACAUUGCAGAAGCACGGCAGAGCCCUGCUGUGGGGCAGCUCUUUGUGGCCGAGGCAGCGGAGACAUCGGAGGAAGAACAGGAAGAUUCCUACUUUUCCCUUUGAGCUUCUGGCGUUUUUGUUCAGUAUUGAUGCACUUGUAUAAAGCCAGAAGGGGGAGCUUCAGCCGCCUCUGCUGUGCUCCUGCUUGAAGCUUUGGCUGAGCUGAGCUGCCCUGGGGCUGUGGCUGCAGCUGGAUGCCGUUCAGCACUGAGGAAUGGCUUCUCCUGUGCACAGAGUGGAACCUGGGCAAUGACGUUCCUCCCUCCCUUUGCCCUGUUCCCCCUGUGGCAGGGAGAGAUGUGCUCCCACACCUUGGUCCGCUCAGACAAAAUCCCAAGCACUGCUGUACAGUCAUUUUUUAAUAACAGUUAGUGUUGAUUUGAA